GUCUUUGUGAGAUGCGCUGGCUUGGGCCUAGCUCGGGUACGUUCCACUGCAUCACAAGGAACCUUGAGGGUCCCACAGGUACCCGAUACCUCUCGCCGGGCCGGGACAAGUCUCGAGGCUACCGUCUUCUCUCGGGCUUAUCAACAGCUCAGCACGCUUAGACAAACACCUAGGCGCUCUAGAGGCAACAUUCGCUAGGAAAAUCCCGUCUGCGACAGGUGGUGAUGGACAUGAACCAAGUGACUAAUUACUUGUUGCUUUGCCAUCACCGACUCCGACUGUGCUCCUUGCGAUCAAACUCCGGAGAACAGGUGGGUGGAUCUCUUGGAUUACAAACGGCGGACCCGACCACGCAAGCACCGCCCUGCCUUCCAUAAUCCAUUGGGUGGGACCGGCCUCGCCUCCCCUGCCGUCAUCGACGGCCAAGUCACUUGUACCUCGCUGCUCACUCGCUGCCCGCUGCCCACUGCCCGCCCGCCUGCCUCACCAUUCACCACGGUCCGUCCUUGGUCCUUGGUCCUCGGCCUGGUCAAGUCGAACGGUUUCCAACUAUUUCCAAUUGCGCUUGUCUGCUAGUUUAGCCACCAUUCCCCUGCCCUGGUUCGCGAACUUUCACCACGUGAGAUCUGUGUGUUGUUCAACAAGUCUGACAGGCCAUCUCUCUCUCUUGUUAUAAACCAGCCACCCCCUUCCCUCUUUCCGCCUCCGAGCCGUUUUCCUCUCCUCGAUUCUUCUUUUUUCAUUAUUCGACACUGGCAUCAUUCACACUCGACCAAUAAUCAACACCGCCCAACAUGCCCAAGAAGGUCAGAUGCUCGCUCACCGACUGCAAGGCUGUCGCCCAACGCAUUUCCGGCGACUGCGCUUUCUGCGGCGGACACUAUUGCAGCAACCACCGUCUGCUAGAAGACCACAAGUGCCAGGGCCUGGAGGACUGCAAAAAGGAAGCCUUCGAGCAAAACGCGAUGCAGCUCAACAAAGAAAGAACCCAAGUCAUCAGGGGUGUAUAAACGCUCUCGCUGUUCUUCCCGACGACACCGACGAUCGGCCAUCCCUGUUCGUCCAAUGCCGCCGAUGAUGCAGUCGUGACUCGGCUCGCUUCUUUUCGCCUCCUUUACGACCUUGUUAUCUAUCGAGCAAGCAUGCGCCCAUCGUCCAUCACACAUAGCGAAGCCGUCCGGUCCUUUUUUCCGGUAGUAGGGAAAAAGUGAUCCAUAUUAGCUUGGUCUGUUUUUUUUUGGUUUUUUUUUGCGAUGAUGAUACCUAGGUUCAUCUUUGCGAAUACCCAAGACUCGACGUGGCUUGCACCAAGCAUAUCGUCCCAACGCCACACACAGUAUAUAUCUUACAACCUCUGAUUCACAUCGCCCCCAUUUCAGAUGGGGGCAAGAGGGCGGCUCUUCGGCAAAAACGAAACCACUCCUCGAGCAUAAUUUUUUUUCUGACUUUUCCGGAAUUUGGCAAGGCGUCACGGCGCAAGACAGGAGGGGGAUAAAUGGGUUUGUUUGGCAGCCGCGCCGAGAGGUGGCGUGCAGCUGAGAAUCAUGGCUAUGGAUGGAUGGACAUUUACAAUUACACCUUUUUUUGUUGGCUCGUUUGGAAGACGAGGUGAUCAAACAAACAAAUAAAAUAAAAAUUCACAAACAAAACAAACUAGAUGCU